AUGUUUUAUUUUAACUUAAGGAAAAAGGGUAUCUUACAUACCUCCCACUCAUUAUGUAAACCCCUUUUGUGUAAUUUUAACACCAGGAAAAAUAUCAACGUUAGUAAAUUAAUAAAAAGGAAAAAUAUAAAAAGCUACGAAUUAAAUAACAUAGAAGAUGUAGAAGUUCUGUUACAAGAGAAGCAUCAUGAUAUCUUUCAAAGCUAUCCAUCAAUUAAAAAUGUGAACAAAAUUAUCGAUGUAAGAAAUAUUCCUGUUUUUAAAAAAAAUGAAAAUCCCAACAAUAUCUUGAAUAAAGUGGCUCUUCAUUUUGGAGACCUGUCAUACAUCAAAGGUGACGCAGCUGUGAACGGAACAAAUCACACUUUCGAAUUGACAAAGGAAGGAAACGGUUAUGAUUGUUCAGGUAAUUUUUUAAAAACAUGCGGAGAUUCGCUCUUUAAUGAUAUAAAGUAUGUUCGAGAAGAAAAUAAAGGAAAAGAAAUAUUAUUAACAAAAGGGUAUAACAGUGCAUAUAAAUAUAUUAUACAUGUUGCUGAACCGUAUUAUAACGAAACUGCAAAAUUAAGAAAAUGUUAUGAGUAUAUUUUAUUAACAGCAAAACAAAAUAGCCUUAAAACUAUUGUUUUCCCCCUACUUGGUAGUGGUAUUAGCUUAUUUAAGAGACAUGAUGUUGUCGUAUGUUGUUUGGAAGGAAUAUAUGAAUUUUUUAAGGAUAAGGAAAAUAUGAAUGCAAUUGAUAAAGUUGUUUUGUGUACUAUCACUGAUUCGUAUUGGAUGCUGCUAAGAGAUUCUAUCCCCCUUUACUUAGAUAUGGGUGUAAAAUAA